AUGCAGUUCGAAUCGUUGAACAACAAAAGGCUCAAACCCAUACCAUCACAUCAACAAGCUUGCGACUCCUGUAGGUUGCGGAAGCUCAAAUGUUCCAAGACCACUCCGAAGUGUUCUAACUGUCGCGAAAAUGGCUUUACUUGUGUGUAUUCGCCGAAAGUCAUACGAUCACCUCUUACAAGGGCGCAUCUCACCAAAGUGGAGAGUAGGGUGAAGGCCCUGGAAGCACUGCUCUACAAAGUGCUGCCUUCGGAUGUGAACAUCAACGACCUCUUAGAAAAAAACGGAGACUUAUCGAAUUCUGGCCUCGCAAACUAUAAGCAGAUUGAUUUGAAUUCCUCCACACAAAUCGACCCCUUUACUCUUCCCAACGAGAGUAUUUCGGCUUCUUCCAUUGACGAGGCCAGGCUAAGCGAGGCAUUUCAUACUAAGCUCGAGCUACAGCCGGAGGAUUACCUUAUCGACACAAAAAAGGACGAUCAUCCACAUUAUGACGAGCGCGACGAUUGGAACCGCCCGGAGGAUCUAUUUGGAUCCAAAGCCGUGGACGGAAUGGCCGCCCUCAGUUCGGAUAUAGACCCAGGGUCAAGCAACGGAUAUUUCGGAAUCAAUUCCAGCAACGGUCUGCUGAAGUUUUUGAAUAUCAAAAACAGAAACAAAAUCAAUUUUUCAGAACCUGAAGAGGAGUUUGAAGACAGAGCCAGUCAAGUGCCCAUGGCGAACAUGCCUACUGAUGAGUUCGACGAAGUCCUCGACGAUACCAGCUUCCAGGGCAUUUUGAUCAACUCAUAUUUCGAAACAUAUCACAAGGUUUAUCCCUUCAUUAACUACAAGGUGUUUUUCGAAGAUUACAAAAAAUUUGUGGAGCCAAAAGAGGAGAACGAUGCCAUAGUGGGAAUGGACGAUAUCACGUUCCAGAUCCUGCUGAAUACUUUGUUGGCCAUAGGGUCUUUAUGUCUCUACGGUGAAACGAAAGUGGAUACUUUCUACUAUAGGCGUGUGAAGAAUCUCUUGAGCCAUAUCAAUGUGUUUGAAUAUGGUGAUGUCCAGCUUUUGGAGAGCUUCGUCUUACUCAGUAACUAUGUUCAGAAGACCAAUAAGCCCAAUACUGGAUGGAAUUUUCUGGGUUUGGCCUUCAGAAUUGCUACUAGUCUUGGACUACAUAAGGACAUUCAUCCUGAUGCCGAUAUCUCGACGAAUUUCGAACUUUUCGAAAAACUGGAACUCAGAAAGAGAUUAUGGUGGGGAAUGUACUUUUUCGAUGUUGGUACGGCUUUGACGUUUGGUAGACCGCUCACUAUCACGUUUCUUUCGUCUGUGGAUCUUGGUCCAGUCUCAAAUAUUGAUGAAGAGUAUUUUGCGAGUGGAGAAGCUUCAAACGUAAUGCAAACUAUCAAGCCUUAUCCAACAAUAUACUCUGGUUUGAUCCAGGAUUCACGGCUAACUGCUGUGACCACGAGGAUUUAUAACUACCUCUUCUGGGUAUCCAAGUUUAAAAAUGAUACUCACAAGAUGAAAGGUCUGUUGGAAAUGAACUCACUGUUGGUCAAAUUCAUAGGAACACUGCCAUUGUACUUUAACGAAGACGAUGCUGUAUCGGAGAAGAGCCUUGUGAGUGUCUGUCCGCCUUCGUGGUUUGACUCUUCCAGCAAGCUGGUGAUACCGAAAUGGUUCAGUCUCAGCAGAAUGAGACUGAAUUUAAGAUACAAAAAUUUGCAAAUGCUGAUGUUCAGAUUUGCCAUUCUGGGAGACGAUGAUAAACUCACCUCAGCCUUCAGUCAUGAUCAAGAAUUCAGCACUCUUCUUUCGCAGUGUCGAAAAAUCUGCUUCGAUGCUUCUUUCUCGUCGAUAUCAGCAGUUGAGAGAUAUGUUAACAAUUACGAGUUCGACGUGCUUUCAUCGUGGUAUGCCACUUAUUUUCUGUUCCAAGCAACGUUGGUUCCUCUUGCCCAUCUACUCACAUUGAGAAAUAAAAAAUCCAGGCAUCUGGAGGUGGAAAGCGAAAUGUUGACUCAGGUUCAAAGUGCAAAAUAUUCCUUGACCCAAUUGCGCAGGUUCAACCGACUGGCUGGUAGAUUUGUGAAGUUGAUCGACUCAUUGACAACUGCAUCUGACAAAAGCAGCUUGCAGCCAGCCAAGGCAGGAGCCAAGCAAUCCAGUCCAGACUAUGACUUCAACAACCAGCUUUCCAACGCGACUGUAAGCUUAUUCUCAAACUCGGACCUAAAUUUCAUGAACAAGAGCCAAUUUUCGUUCGACAACUACAAAAGCUCAUUUAUGAGUUUUACCAAUACCCCAAGUCAAGCCACUGAUGUGCAGGAAAUGCCCAUCAAGACCGAGUUCGAAGAAGUGAUGCCUCCUUUAAGCGGGUCUUUGGAGUCCAAGGGAAAUAUUGACUCGCUUUUCUCAUAUCCCACCGAGGAAUCCAUGGAUCCGAACUUCAAUAAGAUGCUGAACAACUUUUUCGUGAACAUGGACUAA